GGAAGGCAGACGAGCCAAGCAGCCCCAAAUCAGUGUCCCAUCGCUUCCGUUACGUAGCGCGUAUCGCGUAUCGCGGAGAACCAGCAGCCGAGCGAAACACCCGGGAAAAACGUGUCGCGUGUGUGCCGUCCGUCGAUUAAGAGUUUCAAAAGGAGAAGCCAAACCAGUGAACAAAGUAUCCAAACCUCCCUCCCACCCCCUGCCACCACAACCAUGCGUGCAACAACAAAUCACAAUUUAUGAAAAAGUGCUUUCAAAAUUUUCAUCGCUUAGCAAAACCAUAAACCAAAGCAAAGCAAAGCCUGAACAGGAAGUCAUUGGUUCAUAGACUAUAUAGAAGGUGAAGUCGGUAAUAGCUGGCCAGGAUGCCAGGACUCGUGCUGCUGUUGGUGCUGCUGCUCAGCGGCUCGCUGCUGGCGGAGAUCUCCCACUCGCCGCUGGCCAGCAAUCGAAUCAUCAUGGGUCCAUCCGGGCAGCUGCCAUCGCCGGUGCACCCGAUGACCAUGCCGGUGCCAACGUCGACGACGACGGCGCGAUGUCACAAGCUGCAGAGAUACCGCAAAAUGCUGAAGGACAUCGAUGAUGUGGAGGACCUGUAUGUGGAUGUGCCCGUGCAUAUCGCCCUGGAGGGGCGGCAGAGGAAGCGAUUUGUGCUGAACCUGAACGUCUCGACGCCGCUGACGAUUCUCUUUUCGGUGACCGUGGGCCGCAAGAUGUACUACAAUCAAACAGCGAAUGUUCUGCGACCAGCAGCCGUUCCACCUGGCCCUGGCAUUGCUGUGGGCAGUCUGGUCCUGCCCUGCGCCCUGCCCGGCCAGUACGAUCUCUUUGUGCAGGCGCGACAGGCCGGCGCCCUGAAAGUGGACGCCCUGGCACAGCAUCCGCAGCAGGACUGGUCGCUGCUCAACGAGACACAUCGGAUCCACAUUCGCACCCACAAUCGGGUGCGGAAGCGUCAAAUGGUUGUCAGAUGGGACAGAAGCAAAUUCGAUUACCAUGCCAUGCACUAUUGUCUGGUCAUCCAGCACAGGGACACUACAGCCUUGCCCUUCCGCAAUCCGUUUGAUAACUUCUGCCAGGCCGUUGGUGCCUAUGUGAAGCAAAACCAUCCAAAAGCCGCUGGCUGCUCCGCCGGUGGCAGUCCCCUGGAUCUGGUCUGGGCCACACCACCGAAGCGCGAGCGUCGCCUGAAUCCGCGCCACAAUCUGCACAUUGUGUGCACGGGGAAGCGACGCCAGCAGGUGCUCCGUCGCCUGCUGCCCAAGAGCAGCUACCAGCUGGAUCUCUACGGGGUCCACCAGAGUCGCCAGAACCUCACGAUGCUGCUGAGCAGCAGCCAGGUGAACUUCAACCGCACCCAGCCGAUGGCCCUGCGGCAGCAGUCGCUCACCAUGCUGAAGAUCGGGGGCCAGCACGGGAUGCAGGCGUACAGCUACAAGGUGCCGCAGACGGAGCCGCCACCGGCCUACAUGCGGCACCUGUUUCUGCCCUGCUCGGGCAGCGAGAUUCGCGUGAAUCUGCUGCGCCAGCGCAAUGAGGUGAUCAGAUCGGACGCCUUCUACCGACCCACCUAUCUGCGGCAGGAUGGCGUCCUGCCCGGCGAACGCUAUCUGAUGCGCUUCGAGCCCAGCAACGAGGACGAGGCGGUGCGUGCCCAGAAAGUGUUGGUGGCUGUGAGCAGCGAGCAUCUGUUCCGAGAUCUGCCCGAGCUGCCGCUGAACAUCAGCGUCUUCAAUGUGCGUACGAGGUGCAAUCGAGCGACCAUAGCCUGGAACGGUUCACCCGAUGAGCGGGACCUCAGCUACUGCAUCAUUGUCUUCAAUCUGCCGCAGCGCAAUCGCAGCGUUGUGGACUCCACGAACUACUGCAUGGACUUUGUGCCCAAGCAGGUGAUGCAGUACAAGAACUUUCAGUGGAUGACCUGUCGGGAGAGGCAGCAAAGCUCCGACAAUAUCGAAACGGAAACCAUACUAAACCUAAUGCCCGGCUCCAGCUAUCUCGUCUAUGUGACGGCCAAUUUGAGCAUGGGCAAGCCGCUUCCCUAUCAGACGCUCACCCUCCACAUGUCCAGCCAGUGCCUGGACGGAUCCCACGAGUCAUACUAUUAACUGGCGUCACCACAGAGGGGGCCCCGCCCCAGCACUAACACUAAAAGCUUCGCCGCAUUUUCAACUACAAAUGCAAAUACAAAAAAAUACCACAAAAUAAAGCAAGAAACUAUCCGUCGUUGUAAAGCUACCUAAUCUACUAUGAUAACUAAACUAUCCAACAAAUACUAUUCUACGCUGGUUAAAAGACUAUACUAUACAGCUAUACAAAUAUACAUAUACAUAUAUAUAUAUAUAUACUCGUACGUAUACGUAUUCGUGGCAAAUGUUGUGUGUGAGCGAUUGGGAGCUUCUCUCUGCGUCUGUGUCAGUGUCUGUGUCUGCAUCUGCAUCUGUGUCUGUAUCUGCAUCUGUAUCUGUGUGCGCGCGUCUGUACGAGUAUGUGAUUUGUGUUUGCCAACAGAUUCCAAGUAUUUUCGAGUGCUUAGUUUUGUAAUUUCGAUUGUAGCUAGCCAUAAAUGUUUGUAUAAAAUGUUUUGUUUGCCUUCCGUUUGCCGCCUGCCUUUUGCCAGUCUGCGCAUAUAAUCGUAUUUUUUUUCGAUAUUUAAUUUAGCACUCUUACUAAUAGGUUACAUUUAGGUUUUUUUCCUAGGCUUUUGCUGUUAAGUUUAAUCUGUAAUCAAAGAGUUUUUGUGUAAUUUUUUAGCUAAGCGUAAUUUUAUAUUAUACCACAUACUAUACAUUAGAUAUACAUAUGUAUGUAUG